CCGGAAUCUUCUGAAACUCAUCGGGUCUAGCCGCCCGCCCGUUUUUUUCCCAAUCCUCCACCUUCUCAUUUCAUUCAAACCCGUCGUCUCUUCCCUCACUGGCCAUCCUCAGGAUUCCUCGUACAGCAUAUAGACUCGCACGGCGUACGGAUAUACAGAGAGCGAGGGAGGGGCGCCACAAUGUGCGGGAUUCUUGCGGUGUUCGGUUGCACGGACAACUCUCAGGCGAAGCGGUCCCGAAUCGUCGAGCUCUCUAGAAGGUUACGCCACAGAGGACCUGAUUGGAGUGGAUUGCAUUGUCAUGGUGAUUGUUAUCUAGCACAUCAACGACUAGCAGUAAUUGAUCCUGCCUCAGGUGAUCAGCCACUGUACAAUGAAGACAAAACGAUCGUUGUCACGGUCAAUGGAGAGAUAUAUAACCACAAAGAAGUGAGGGAAAAGCUUACAUCUCAUCAAUUCCAUACUGGUAGUGAUUGUGAAGUUAUUGCCCAUCUUUAUGAGGAAUAUGGAGAAGACUUCAUUGAUAUGCUGGAUGGAAUGUUUUCUUUUGUGCUUCUUGACACCCGCAAUAACAGUUUCAUUGCUGCCCGGGAUGCUAUUGGUAUUACGCCUCUUUACUUGGGAUGGGGCCUUGAUGGUUCUGUAUGGUUCGCUUCAGAAAUGAAAGCUUUAAGUGAUGAUUGCGAGCGUUUCAUGAGUUUCCUUCCUGGACAUAUAUAUUCAAGCAAAACUGGAGGACUCAGAAGAUGGUACAACCCACCAUGGUUUUCGGAGCACAUUCCAUCUACUCCAUAUGAUCCUCUUCUCUUACGCAAGGCUUUUGAGAAGGCAGUGGUCAAAAGACUAAUGACAGACGUGCCCUUCGGUGUACUUCUGUCGGGAGGACUGGAUUCAUCCCUAGUUGCUGCUGUGGCUAACCGCUAUUUAGCCAAUAAUGAAGCAGCAUGUCAAUGGGGAUCACAGUUGCAUACUUUUUGCAUUGGUUUGAAGGGUUCUCCUGAUCUGAUAGCUGCCAGAGAAGUGGCAGAUUACCUUGGGACUCGUCACCAUGAGUUUUAUUUUACCGUACAGGAAGGAAUAGACGCACUUGAGGAAGUUAUAUACCACAUUGAAACUUACGAUGUGACAACGAUCAGAGCCAGUACACCAAUGUUUCUCAUGUCAAGGAAAAUAAAAUCUCUUGGGGUGAAAGUGGUUCUAUCUGGAGAAGGUUCUGAUGAGAUUUUUGGCGGUUAUCUAUAUUUCCAUAAGGCGCCAAACAAAGAGGAAUUUCACAGGGAAACUUGUCAAAAGAUUAAAGCUCUGCAUCUUUAUGACUGCUUGAGAGCCAAUAAGUCAACUUCUGCUUGGGGUGUUGAGGCCCGCGUUCCGUUUUUGGACAAAGAAUUCAUCAACAUUGCAAUGAGUAUCGACCCAGAAUGGAAAAUGGUGAAGCCUGAUCUUGGAAGAAUCGAAAAGUGGGUUCUACGCAAUGCUUUUGAUGAUGAUAAAGAACCUUAUUUGCCAAAGCACAUCCUAUACAGGCAAAAGGAGCAAUUUAGCGAUGGAGUUGGGUACAGUUGGAUUGAUGGUUUGAAGGAUCAUGCAAAGUCACUUAUUUCCGAUGCAAUGUUGGCAAAUGCAAGCUUUGUUUACCCAGAGAAUACCCCAACGACGAAAGAAGGAUACUAUUAUAGGACAAUCUUUGAGAGGUUCUACCCAAAGAAUGCUGCGAGAUCAACGGUUCCGGGAGGACCAAGUGUGGCAUGUAGCACUGCAAAGGCUGUAGAAUGGGAUGCAUCGUGGUCCAAGAAUCCCGACCCCUCUGGCCGUGCUGCACUCGGCAUCCAUGAUGCCGCUUAUGAAGCCACCCCACCACCACCACCACCACCGGCGCCUCCUGCUGCUUCCAUUGAUGGCGACACCUCUGCUCAGAAACUGGUGGUUGAGAACACAGCUGUGGCGGUUUGAGCAUACAUUCUUCUUUCAUUGGUUUUUAUUAGUGGAGAGAGAUAUUGUCAUUGUGUUCAAUCUCUGAAAUAAAAAUACUUCUAUGUAGUAAUGCUCGAACUCAAUUUGUUUUUACUAGUAUUAUUUAUUCAUUUCUCUUAUUCCUGGAUAUUCAUCUAAUUUGACUUUUUUCGAGCGAGUCUUAGUUUUUUAAGCU